AUGUCAGAUGUAAUCAAGGCCCAGAUUGCUAGUCACCCUUUAUAUCCCACCUUACUCUCUGCCUACAUUCAAUGUCGAAAGGUUGGGGCACCACCAGAGAUGGCUUCGGUUCUUGAAGAAAUCAACCAUGAAAGUCUUCCCAUGUCCACUUGUUCCCACAUCGGAGCAGAUCCUGAACUUGAUCGUUUCAUGGAAUCAUAUUGUGAGGCACUAAAGAAAUACAAGGAGGAGGUUUCAAAGCCAUUUGAUGAGGCCACAAAUUUCUUAAGCAAAAUUCAAUCUCAGCUCACAGACCUCUGCAAACAAACCCUACCAUCAACAGCCUAUUCUUCCCAUCCUUGGCCAGCUGAUGGUUGUGGUCCAUCAGACGACGACUUCAGCUAUGGAGAAAUGGAUGCAAACGGAAGUCGAGAAUCUAACAAAAAUCCUGAAGGCGAUGGCGAGCUAAAACAGAUGCUAAUGCGCAAAUACAGCGGCUACCUGAGCAGCCUGAGGAAGGAGUUCCUCAAAAAGAGAAAAAAGGGUAAACUGCCCAAGGACGCAAUUGUUACAUUGCUCGACUGGUGGAACACGCAUUAUAGGUGGCCGUACCCCACGGAAGAGGAGAAGAGCAGGUUGUCGGAAAUAACGGGAUUAGGGCAGAAGCAGAUAAACAACUGGUUCAUCAACCAGAGAAAACGACACUGGAGACCCUCAGAGGACAUGAGAUUUGCUCUCAUGGAAGGGAUUGGCGGCACUAGUAAUAAUGCAGGAUCCUCGUAUUUUGAUGCUACAGGAGGAACCGGUGGCAUUGGAAUUUGA